AUGAAGAUUGCCAUCAUUGGUGCCGGACCAGCAGGCUGUAUGCUUGCACGCCUCCUGCACCAGAGGAACCCAAGCAUCACGACAACCAUCUUCGAGAGUGAAUCAUCCAUCAACUUCCGCUCACAAGGCGGGACUCUGGACCUUCAUAUCAAGACUGGCCAGCUCGCGAUGCGCCAAGCGGGCCUCUGGGAUGAGUUCCAGAAGCAUGUCCGUUAUGACGGCGAAGCCAUGAAAAUCGCUGACAAGAAUCUCCUCUGCUACAUCAAGGUGGGCGCCGGAAAGCCGAACAGCGCCGCGAGUUCAGGACGACCUGAGAUCGACCGACCCGUCCUACGAGAAAUGCUAUAUCGAAGUCUGCCAGAGGGAGCGGUCAAGUGGAAGAAGAAGCUGGGCGAAGUAAAACGCGAAGGCGCAGACCUUACCCUAUGCUUCGCAGACGGUACAGUGGAACGUGGCUUCGACCUCAUCGUUGGUGCCGACGGAGCAUGGUCCAAGGUUCGCAAUCUGAUCAGCGAUGCCAAACCGUUCUAUUCUGGCAUAGCCGGCCAUGCCAUGCACAUCAACGACGCCGCAACACGAACACCAACACUCUACGAAGCCGUGAAUCGAGGAUCGCUAUUCAGCUUCUCGGACGGGAAAGGCAUAUUCGCACAAUAUAUGGGAGACGGCAGUCUCUCCAUUGCCACUUGGUCUGUUCGUGAUCAAGACUGGCAAAAUGCGUACGAUGUCCACGACACUGCGUCAACGAAGGCCGUUUACAAGGAGGAGUACGCGGACUGGCAUCCUACCCUCCAACGUUUCCUGCAAGAGGCUGACGAUGAAGUGGCGCCUCGCAAUCUGUUCAUGCUGCCUAUCGGACACAGCUGGCGGCACGUCCCAGGCGUAACACUCAUAGGCGACGCCGCACACCUUAUGACACCCUUUGCAGGCGAAGGCGUGAAUCUAGCUUUCGCCGACAGUCUGCAGCUCGCCGAUGCUAUAGUCGCCGCCGCCACAUCAGCAAUAGCAGUCGCAGAUCAGAAAGGAGAGCUCGAUAUUCAGGUCACCAAAUUCGAGCAAGAAAUGUUCAAGCGCUCGACAGAGACACAGCGGAUGACUUGGGAGAUGCUCAAAGCUAUGUUCUUGACUCCUGGUGCUCCACGACUUGGUAUUGAGAGGUAUAUCAUUCAGGCUACAAAAGGAGAGAUGGGGUGGUGGGUUGCGACUUUCAUAUUGACGCCGGUGGUCUAUGCUUGGUUUUUUGUUUUCAAGCUGCUUUAUUAA